UUAAAAGUUAAAAUAUCUUUUAACUUUAAAAGGGUUUAAGUGAAGUAAAAAGAUUUGCAUUUUAACCAUUAUAUUAACUAAGUUAUGCAUGCUAAAAAGUACUAAAAAGCAAAAGUCAUUUUUACGCAAAAACAAUUUACACUCCGAGUUCUUUUGUUUUGUUAGAAGUUUUUUGAGAAACCACUAUAGCGGUUUGUCUGAUGUUAUUUUAGCGGUUUGUCUGAUGUUAUUUAGCGGUUUGUUUGAUGUUACUAGCGCGCUAAUGAGAAACCAUUAAACAGCGUUUCGUGGGGAAAUAUAUUUUCAAGUAUGUCGCUUAUUUUAUGAUUACAAGCGAAUUUAUUAUUUUUAAUUAGGUUAUUUAUUGAUUAACUAUAAUUUGCUGGUAAUUCAACUGUUUACCAAUUCACCACGUUUUUUACAAUAUUUUGGAAUUAUUGGAAUGAAAAAAGUGAAAAGUGGUGCCACUAAAAGAAGAGAAAAAGCUGCAGCCAUGGAGAAAAUCAUGAAAUACCCCAAACUAACACAUUUUUUAAAACCAGCAGUUCCGGCUAGCAGUGUUUUGAUAUCAACAAAUAAUUUUGAUUGUGAUUAUUUGGGUACUAGACUAGAGUCAGAUGGGUUAAUCUAUGACUCAAAUGCAAAGUCAAAUGUAAGUCAUGGUUUAAUCUGUGAAUCAAAUGCAAAAAAAGAGAAUUGGGCAUUGAAAAGAUUUUUCCAACAGUGCGCUUACGAAAAAAAAAAAAAAUGUAUUCAUACGAGUGUGCUGAUGAAACUCGGCAACCUGAGCAUCAGUAUAAAGCAGAUUUCUUUUUGCCACUCAUUGACAUGUCAAUUGCAUCAGUAAAGGAGCGUUUUGAACAGGUCAGUAUCUUCACAAAUCUUUUUGACUUUCUUUACCGGUCUGAGAGUCUUAUCAAAGCCUGUAAUGAAAAUUCUCUUACUGUAUUUUGCACAAAUUUGCAAACGAAGCUCGGGGAUAUAGAUUCUGAGGAUUUGGAAAUGGAGUUGAAACGAUUUGUCAUAGUUGUACAAGAGGACAAAAAUACAAACCUGAAAUCUGCAUAUGACUUCCUUAACUACGUCUACAAAGAAGAGCUGCAGGAAACUUAUCCUAAUCUAGUUAUUGCGUUACGCAUCAUUCUUACUUCUCCAGUAACUGUUGCAAGUGCAGAACGUAGCUUUAGCAAGUUAAAAUUAAUUAAAACAUUUCAUAGGUCAACAAUGGUCGAUGAACGUUUGUCUUCCCUAGCAAUGCUGUCAAUCGAGAACGAGGUAGCAAGGAAAUUAAGUUAUGAAGGCUUAAUAAAUAAGUUUGCAAGUAUGAAAACACGACGCAAACCUUUUUUUUGACCUGUGAAUGCCUAAUACAUUCACAGUAGUCAAAGAAACUUUUUGUUUUAAACUCUUAAUAAAUAUAACAAUUAUAAAAUAUACUUAAUUAAAUUA